ACGCCACAGAAAAACAUCACCCGGAAGCGGAAACUACACGCAGAGAGCGCGGGCGGGAGAAGGGAGAGGAGUGACUUCCGUUUGUCCGGAGUCGCUCCUCCCCCUUCCUUCCCUUCUCUUUUUGGGGAUUGGUUCCCGGGACUCAGGCCCCGCCUCCUCCGGCUACGCCUCUGGCAGCCACUUUUCCCGCCUCCGCUGGGGCAGAGCCGUGGGGCGGGUGACAGUUGAGGAUGGCUGGAGCUGAGAGCUCGGCAGGUCGGCAGUCGGAGCUGGAGCCCGUGGUAUCCUUGGUCGACGUGCUUGAGGAGGACGAGGAGCUGGAGAAUGAGGCGUGCGCUGUGCUGGGCGGCAGCGACUCGGAGAAGUGUUCCUAUUCGCAGGGCUCAGUAAAGAGACAAGCACUAUAUGCCUGUAGUACCUGCACCCCAGAGGGAGAAGAACCAGCAGGAAUUUGCCUAGCUUGCAGUUAUGAAUGCCAUGGAAGUCAUAAACUAUUCGAGCUAUAUACAAAAAGAAAUUUUCGUUGUGAUUGUGGAAACAGCAAGUUUAAAAAUUUGGAAUGCAAAUUAUUUCCUGAUAAAGCAAAGGUAAAUUCAGGCAAUAAGUACAAUGACAACUUUUUUGGAUUGUACUGCAUUUGCAAGAGACCUUAUCCUGAUCCUGAAGAUGAGGUUCCAGAUGAGAUGAUCCAGUGUGUGGUCUGUGAAGACUGGUUCCAUGGAAGGCAUCUUGGUGCCACUCCCCCGGAGAGUGGGGAUUUCCAGGAGAUGGUGUGCCAGGCUUGCAUGAAGCACUGCUCUUUCUUGUGGGCUUAUGCUGCACACUUGGCAGUAACCAAAAUACCUGCCGAAGACGAUGGGUUGGUGCUGAAUGUUGAUGGAAAAGGUGAUCAGGAAGUUAUCAAAACUGAAAAUGGAGAUCAUCAAGAGAGUGUCCUCAAAGAGGACCUCACAGGAAGUGGCAGAGAUGCUGUCACGGACGUUAAAGCAGAGCCGACUAGUGAGCCGUGUACCAGCUCCAGCUCGGAGGCUGGUCUCCAGACAGCAUUUAAGAAUCAGAAUCUCAACGCAGAGUCACAGUUGCGCUGCAGACUUCAGCAACUUAAAGCUAAGCAGCUUAUAAAGAAAGAUGGUGCCACCUAUUGGCCCUUGAACUGGCGUAGCAAGCUGUGUACCUGCAAAGACUGUAUGAAAAUGUACGGGGAUCUAGAUGUCCUGUUCCUGGCAGAUGAAUAUGACACCGUUUUGGCUUAUGAAAACAAGGGCAAGACUGAGCAGGCAACCGAUCGGCGAGACCCUUUAAUGGACACCCUGAACAGUAUGAAUAGAGUCCAGCAAGUGGAACUGAUCUGUGAAUAUAAUGACUUGAAGACGGAACUUAAAGACUAUCUCAGGAGAUUUGCUGAUGAAGGCACGGUUGUUAAGAGAGAGGACAUUCAGCAGUUCUUUGAAGAAUUUCAGUCCAAAAAGAGAAGAAGAGUAGAUGGGAUGCAGUAUUAUUGCAGCUAGACGGCAAGGUGGAGCCUUCUCUCUUGGGCCAAUGAAAAUGC